UCUGAGCGAACCGGGCCCCGUGAAGGGCAGAGACGUCUCUGGGAGAAUCUGAGACGCAUCUGGGGUGAGGAAAUAGAUAGGCGACUGGAAAAGAAAUUGAGAAUCACCCAGAAGGAAAGCAGGAAAUCCAAGUCCCCGCCCAAAGUGCCGAUUGUGAUUCAGGACGACAGCCUUCCUUCGGGCCCGCCUCCACAAAUUCGGAUCUUAAAGAGGCCCACGAGCAACGGGGUGCUGAGCAACCCCAACUCUACCAGCCGACCUGCCUUCCCAGUGAAGUCACUGGCACAGAGGGAGGCCGAAUACGCAGAGGCCAGGAAGCGGAUUCUGGGCAGCGCCAGCCCCGAAGAGGAGCAAGAAAAGCCAAUCCUUGACAGGCCCACAAGGAUCUCCCAGCCGGAAGACCCCAGACAGCCCAGCAAUGUGAUCAGGCAGCCGCUGGGCCCGGACGGUUCGCAGGGCUUCAAGCAACGCAGAUAGGUCGGCUGGCCGACCAGCUGGUAUGAAAGCGGGGUACUCCCCCUCCUCGGCAGACCAGUGGACCUCGGCUGCAGGGGCGUGACUCGCACCAGGCGUCCCCUUGGCUUUCGGCCUCCUGUGACCCUCAGCCCAGGCCCUGGGACUCCCGCGCCUCUGUAGGAUUGACAUGCCAAGGAGGGUGCGCCACGGGGGCAAGGAGCGGGGCAGGCUUCUCCUGCGGGGUGCUGGGUUUCCGCAACCGCCUGCCUGCUGAAGUGAGGGCCCACAAAGGAAUGACUUCUCCCGCUGGCUCCCCCUGGGAUUGGAAGCAGGAGGGGGCUCUGCUUCUCGAAAUGUGCAUGUGGGUGCGUGUUACAUUUGGAGCAAGGUGCGAAUGGGGCGGGUGGGCGGAAAGUGCACACAAAGGUUUGAUUGUUUGCUUUGGGGAAUGGGAUGGGUUUGGAGCCUCACGCAUGGGAAGAAGAAAGGGGGUGUGUUAGCUGUUAACUUCUUUAUCUGAGAAAUGGUAGUUGGUAGUGUUCAAAAAGAAGGGGAAUUGGGAGAAAGUGACGGCGGGCCAACUCUAUCUCCUCUGCCCGCUGCCGUUCCUGAGUGAACGGAUGGAGGAUGCUGAGGCCUGUCUUCCCGCCAGGCCAGCUCAGCUGCUUCAAGGCCCAUGAGCCAGCACGAGCCCCGGCGCCUCUGCCUCUGUGCGGCGAGCUUCGGCUCAUCUCCCGUCUCGGGGCAGGCGGGAUUGCCAUGCCCCCUCGUCUUGGGCAGCGCUCCCUUUGCCUACUUGCGCUGCUUCCGGACAAAGGGGGUGGUCCGGUUUUGCCACUAGGACUCUGAGCUAGGCAUAGGCUAGUUCCUAGCUCCCAUCGUGCUGGGCCCUUGGGAGGAUGUGGGGGGAGGAACCCAGCGGCCAAGCGGUGCUUGGGCUGGCCACGGACAUCAGGCGAGCUGCGAGCCCCGGGCGGUCAAGAGUUUGGCCCGUGCGCUUUGAGCUCUGUUCCUGGUAAAUGCGCUGUUUGGAGGGCAGAGAAGUGGGGUACAAGCAAGGUUCAGAAGUGAGAAAGGGCAGAGAUUGGAGGUCCUCCCCUCGCGAGACGGGAUGGAUUACGAAAGGCUUGAGGUCUGGCGGCGUAGAGCCAUUUUUAAGGUGGCAUGGAAGAAUGGAUUUGCAGCGAUGGACGGUCACAUUGCGGCUUGUGGGCCCCAAGCAAUAGUCUAGCUUUUUCCCAGGUGGUUGGACAAAAA